CUUUAAAUUAGCAAGUUCUUCCGAAGAAGCAAAUAAAUAACUCCUUAUUCUUUCUGUGAUUUAAGAAAGCAGAGGAGAAGGGGGAACAAAGAGAAGCUAGCAAGCAUGGAUUGUUGUGUGUGUACAACUAUGCCAUUGAUAUUGAGGCCUCCGAGGAAUACAAUAUGUGGGGCUUGUUAUGAAGGAGUUAGGAGCAUAAUCAACAUGAUGAGCAAUGUCGAAAGUGAGAAAGUAAAAGCAAUGGCUAAUCCAAAUCCAAACAGUUCUCCAGUUUCGCGGCGAAAUUCGAGUAAGACACUUGAUGAUUGUAUAAGAUGGUGCUCAGAGCAGAUGGAGCAGUUUAAUCAACAAAAAGAAGACUUGGUUUUUCUCAGAGGCUUUGUUUCAGCCUUCAAAGCACAGAUUCACACGGAUAUAUUGGUCAGUCCAGGCAGGCAUGGUCCACCUAUACCUGCACAUAAGUCCGUUUUGGGAGCAAGAUCAGAAAUAUUUAAGAACAUGCUAGAGUGUGAUGAAUGCAAGGCAGCACCAAGUAACAGCAUAACUAUACCCGAUUUGAACCAUGAAGAACUAGAGUCUCUCCUUGAGUUUCUGUACAGUGGGACCUUGGGUGUGGAAAAAUUGGAGAAACAUGUUUACGCUUUGUCACAAGCAGCUGAUAAGUAUGUGAUCCCACAUUUGCUGAAACACUGCGAACGAUAUCUGCUGAGUUCACUAAGCACUUCCAAUGCCCUUGAGACAUUGGAGAUCGCGGAUACUUGUUCCAACCACAACUUGAAGGAGACAACCUUGAAUUUCUUAGUUAAAAACAUUGAGCACAUGGUGCCUUCACCUAAGUUUGAAACUUUUGUGCAUAGGAGUCCACAUCUUACUGUUCAACUAGUUACAAGGGCGUUUGUGAAUGGUGCCAAAUAAUCAAAAUUGUCUCCAAGUUGAAGAGCCAUCUAUGUUUUCUUUUCUUCAAUUUAAUAAUGUAUUUAUCCAAGCCUACAAACUGAGAUCUCUAAAGUUUAAACAGAAUAAUAUAAUUCAUUCCUUGUUCUCUUCAAGGUUCUCUCGA